GUUCAAGUCAAGACUUGCUGAUGUCUAAAUUAGAAUACUGUAGGACAGAAAUAGUUUUAAAAAAGCUUCAGGGAUAUGGCUCCCUUACACAUUAUCCAACUUAUUCCAACUUUACAGCAAUUAAUGAUUGGUAAAUUAACCAAAAAGGUGUAAUAAAAACUCAACGGAAGAAAACAACUUAGAACAACGAGGAAAAGUAAGUAAAGAUUGAGGGAGUUCAGAGCAUAUCAAAGUUUAAGGCAAUUUGUGAUGUUGCUGUUAAAAAUGGGACCUGUAUCAAAUCUAGCAUCCAUGAGCAUCCUAUGAGCUGCAUCAUCGUUUUUGCACCUUGUGAAGAAUGAGCAAGCUAAGAAAGUCGUAGUACCACUAAAGUUUUUAUAAUCUAACUUCGGAAAGGCAUAGUGGCCAAACUAACGAGGCACUGUUCCGUUAACGCAACUACUUGGUUUUGUCAACCAGCAGUUUUUCUGUAAUUUUAUUGUGCAAAUGAAGGAUAAGGAGAAUGAGGGUGUUUAAGGUCAAUCAGUUCAAGUACCUAUUGAACUGAGUGAAUCUUUCUUCGGUGUUUCUGGUUUCAGAAUAUCGAUUUAAUGCCUCAUGUUUGCACAGAAACUCGGAGCACUUUCGUUUGUCAUAGAGUCAAGGUGCACACUGUAUUUUAGGUUCACCAAUUUCCUACUUUUUGUAGAAAGCACAUUUUUGCUAUUCCUUGUGAGCUUUAGGCCCUGUCCACACGUAUCCGGAAAUUUGUGAAAACGCAAAUUUUUUUUUACGAAUACGGCUUGCGUCCACACGUAUUCAGCGUAUCUCACGGCCGUGUACGGAAAUUUUUGAAAACGGUCUCCAGAGUGGCAAUUUUUUGAUCCGAUACGAAUGCGAAUACGUGUGGACGCUUGUAUCCGAAGAUUUUCGCAUAUGCAACGUCAUUUUCUGGGUUCCAGUCUCUCACUGCUAAUACAAACAAACAAGGAGUAGGGGAAGAUUGUAUUGUCUUUGUCAAUUGCCUUGAUUUCUAGUUUAAUAUCAUGCUUUCAGAUAAAUGCAACUGUGAUAAAUUUACAAAAGUUUCUGUUUCUGUACUCGCUUCGAAUAGCUUUUAGCCGGCGCGCAGCCUCAAACUCUUCGGGACAGAAGUGUUUGAAGCUGCGCGCAGGCUAAUCGCUUUUAGCUUUAAAGUCAAAACAGACUUCGUUAAUUCAUCUUUUUUUGUGUGGGAAACCUUUCCAAUAGAUGCAGCAUCUUCAGGUGAGGGAUAAUUUGCACUGUAUGAUUCAAGAAUCUCAACAUACUUGCUCACACAAGAUUCACGAUCAACACUUUUUGUCAUUUGCUUCGCUUUGUAAUCUUUAGUCACUGUCAGUAGUAAUUUCACUUCAUAAUUUACAUUUUCUUUGCAUUUUUUAUUUAUUUGGAAAAUUUUUACAAGAGUAAAACCCUUACAAGACGCAAAAGAAGUAAAGCAAGGACGCAAAAGAAAUGGCGCCAAAAUAUUGGUUAUGCGCAUGUUCACUUCAGGAUUAUCUCCGGCAAAAGAACUGGGCGCAAGAGCGAAUCACACGAUUUCCGGAUACAUCGUAAGCGGCUACGUGUAGACGCCUGAAAAUGAUUCGAAUACCCUCCGUUUGGAUGCAAAAAUUUUCGUACCCGAAUAAAAAUAGUUGCGGGAAAAAACUUUCCGGAUACGUGUGGACAGGGCCUUAACCAGCAGAUAUGUGGUAUUGAGUUCAAACUAUCGCCGAUUCUUCUUGAAACUCAGUUGCAAUGUGGCUUUGUGUUCGCUGGCGCUGUCUUUUGUUUGCAUCCAUUCCAUGGGGAAAUUUACCCACAACGUCGCUUUUUUCGACUUGGCUGAAUGAAAAAAGCCAUAAUUUUCAAAGCUGAAUUGAAAUUACAGAAUCAACACCAGAAUGCUUACAAGCACACCUAGUACUUUGCAAUUCGAUUUACUUUUGCGAGUCACUUUUUUUACAUAACAUUAUUUUUAUCACAAGUUGAUCGCGUACGAUGCCAUCCCGACAGCUAUGCCGAUUUUCUGAUUUUGCAUCCAAGGCUUAUCCAACUGUGCUUGCAAAGCUCUCAGGCUAUUCAAGGCUCUGUGCGUUCUAAUCAAAACUUAAGUUACGGUAUUGGAAAAUAAGCUACAGCAAAAACGCACCUGCCUACACGUCUAGUCAUAAUCCAUACUUUGAAAUAAAAAAUCUGCAUGCUAUCUUAGCCGAAGCUACAUAAUUUAAAAUUUUUGAGGUGAAUUGCAACGAUACAUCGUGUCGAGCAAAUUUUUCCUGUUUCAAAUUCACAUUGGAAGCCGUUCAUUUGCAAAGCUAAAAAUUGAACCAAGGAAGGAUUCUUGUGGAACAGCGCGUAACAGUGUUCUUGUUUACCGACUCCACGGCUUUGUAAAAAAUCAGCUUAUCACCGCUAUCAGUGAACAGUAUUCAUUAGCUACUCUCCAAUUGAAGACACUCAAGAAAGCAGAAGACAACGCCUAUGAAUUACAUAAACAUUUCUUCAAUAUUGAAGUAUUUUCUUACUAUGUGGCUCCAAAAUGACUUGCCGACAUCAGAAUAUAGAAACUUUAUUAAGUUUAUCAGGAGUUUUAUCACGACUGUAGAUUUGUUUAGCGGUCUUUAAUAGAGUAAAUUUGUUUAUGCAGGAAGGCGAUCAUUGAUGUUGCCUUUGUAGAGUACCUUCUUUUGAUUUCACCUGUCAAUGAGCGUAUCCUCUGUGCAGCAAAUUUACGUGCAAUAAAAAGCCAGGCGCCUUGAUUCUGUGGCCAAUUAUCUAGAGGAUUCCAGAAGGAUGUCGCCCUGAGGUUGGUGAAGCUAUUUUGUGAUCUUCAAGGCGUCAAAUUCUUAAUUUGUCAUCAACAUUGAACAUAAAACUUGAAAUCUUUCUGAUUUCUGUGGCACACUAUGCUGUACAAACAUUUUGGAUGAUAGAAAGAGCGCGAGCCUAAGACACAAGAGCCAUUUUGAAAUGAUAUCAUUUUAAAGUAACUUUAGAUUGCACUUCCCUGCAACGCAAGUUUGAUCGAGAUUGAUCUUCAUCAAUUGAUGUGUGAUAACAGGCGAUCAGUGAUGACGAUUAUUAGCGAUCGUUGAUUUAGUACAGUGACAUCCGUAUUUCACAAAGAAUUGCUACAUAAAUCUCACCAUAGAAACUGAUGUGUUUCCAUUUAGAAAUACAGCGCAAGUCUCCUAUCAAUAUUUGAUCACAUGUCAUAUCUCAUUUUUAACACGACAAUACUGCCCGAUCUCAAUUAUGGCCACUGAAUACAGCGUAUGAGAGAAGUAAACACUGAAAACCUAACAAAUGAAGACAAGUUAGAUUAUUUCCAUGAGGCACCUGUCAGGCAAUUUUUCUUGUUAAUUCUAGCCGAUGACUUGCGCUGCCCAUUUGGACUUUCUUCUGUCGUUGAAAACGAUCGAUGUAUUGGCAGAAUCACGCACCAUUGUCGUCUAUUUGUAAUAUGCUAGAGAAAUGCGAAAACUGAUGGAAUGAUUUUAAUAUUUUCCUGAAAUAGUGUUCAGUAUGGAAAUCUUUUCUUAAGUGCUCAGAUUCAGCAAAGAGCGGAAACCACGUCCUUUGGGAUCGCAGGACACAACCUUGCAGCAGUUAGAAUCUCUUGUGGCUUACCUUAGUGUCUAAAAUCGUAUUUUGAAAAUACAACUGCAGGGUUACAAAAUCAUGUGUUUUCGCAGCUCUGUUCAUUGUAUCGUUGAUUACGGGUCUGUGCAAUAAAUUUAAUAGAAAUGAAAGAGUCUCGUGCAGGGAAUUCUCAUGACAUAGAGUUGGAGUGCGCGAGAAAGAAUCACUGAAGCAAUAAUGGAACAUUCAGAAAGAGAACAAGGAGGGUUUCGUCGCAGAAUUACUUUCAAUGUAAGUGGAACAACUUUUGAAACAUGGGCAGAGACUGUCGAACGAUUUCCAACUACAAUGCUUGGCAACCCAAACAAAUUAUGGCAGCAUCUGUGCAUGGAGACACAAAGGUAUUACUUUGACCGUAACAGGUUUGCAUUCGAAGCGAUUUUGUUUUUUUACCAGUCUUACGGCAAACUGAUAAGACCCCCUGAAUUAACUGUAGAAGAAUUUGAAAAUGAAUGCAUUUAUUACGGGAUUCCAGAAAAAUACAUAAACUCGAUGAAACGAAACGAGGGGGUACUAGAGAAGGGCAAAGAAGUGCCAGUUGCUCAACCCUGUACUUUUCGCCAGAAAUUGUGGUUGAUACUUGAUCAACCCGAAAGUUCAACAAAAUCUUUUGUCUACGGCAUCGUUUCUGUCGGCAUUCUCACUUUGUGGUGCGCAUUUUGCUGCGCGCAGACAUUGUUUAGUGAAGAGUUACCGAAAGGUUGGUGGUUUUAUGCCGACCUCGUAUUUACAUCAUUUUUCUCCCUAGAAUAUUGCUUAAGGUUUGCCUCCACAACGGAAUUUGUGAAGUUCAUAAAAAAGCCAUUGAACAUGAUCGACUUUUUCACCUCGCUGCCAUAUUUCGCUUUUUCUUUUAACCAUUCCCACGCCAGCCUCGUCAUGAUGCGCCUGAUGAGGCAACUUCGGUUGCUGAGAUUGAUACGUUUCCUCAAGGUCUUCAGCUCCUCCCAGCGUAUGAAACUGCUCAAAAACAUCAUGGCGUCCAGCUUAAAUGACUUUGGCUUGCUUAUGUUAUGCUUGCUUAUAGUUGUCAUCAUCGGUGGCAGCUUGCUAUACUUUGUUGAGACCGGUACAGCAGGCACCUUAUUUACGAGCGUGCCCGAGUCAAUGUGGUGGGCUUUGCAGACCGUCGUGGUGCUCGGUUACGGCGAUAUAAUCCCGAAGAGUGAUACAGGCAAGAUCAUUGCCGCGUUUUUCAUGAUUUUUGGCGCUCUAACUAUUUCACUGCCCGUCCUGUCGGUGGUAACAAAGCUUGUAAGCUUCUACGGAAAAGGUGAAGCAGAGCGAAGGUUUUGAGCAUUAGAGAGUAGCGUGUUAGCUCUCAAAAGCUUUGCUUAGAUGCAUAAAGCAUCGUUGGAUGGCAAAAUGAAGGUUUCCAGAUGCCUGCCAAAAGUCUUUGUACACUACACUAUAUUUUCGAAAGUUCGCAAUGGCAUCCUUUAUCUUCAUCUUCAAUGUUAUUUAAAAAUUUCAUCAGAAUUUCGUGCCUUUAUCAGAGUAUCCCUCUAUUUUAUAGACAUUCCCAAAGCCUAUUUUUAUGCUAAAUUCCCACGAGGAAGUACCUGUAUUGUGAAGGAAAAGCCGAGAUGCAAAGAAGGAAUGUGGCUGCAGAUCUAGUAUUUCCAUAAAUCUUUUCCAUGUUAUUUUGACAUAAAAAUAGACUUUGGAUAAGACAUCUAAUCACACAUCCAGUUGAUUGGUUUAAUUGUACUCUAUCUUUUGACUGGUUUAAAUGUUUUCAUGUGACUUGUGCGAUGUUGGCUGAACUGUCAACAGUGUUAGUUAAAAUUGGGAAAAAAUUAAAAAAUCCUCAAAUCAACGAAAGUUGUUUGGUGAUACAAGUAUAUUUGGCGGAGAUGGCACAGUUCUAUUGAAGUCUUUGAAGAAUAUAUAAGAAUAGAGUCCGUUGACAUUAAUGGGUGUGUCAGAUGUGCUAUUCCAAAAAACUCAAAUAGAAAAUUCUAUAGAAAAUGAGACUUAAAUAUAUUGUACUGUACAAUAACAUAUCAAAGUAAAUGAUAGAUGCAUAUUUAUAUGAUUCUUCGCUGUAGUUAUUAUGGGGUUAGUUCAUGAAAGGUUAUGUUUUUUAUUAAAUGUAGAAUUAUAAUUGGGGCCAUUUGUAGUAGAAUAUGCUCAUUUAACCGUAAAAUUAAAACCAGUAAAAUGGUUGAGAAUCACGAAGAAAUGAAAUGGAAAUGC